ACUUCAUUCGCAGUUCAUCUCUCGCGGUGGCUAGUCCGGUGUUCGGUGUCCUGGGCGGUUUUUUACAUGGAUUUUUGAUUUUUUUGUUCCGACUCUUCUUCUGUACUCGAACUCAGCGCGUAGAAGGCCUAGGAAAAGAUAGGGAGCGAAAAUCUCCAGUUUCCAUCAAAGGAGGCGCUUUUGGGAAAAUCUGGUACGCAAGAAUCAUCGCGCAAAUAGGUCAAGAAUUUUGGAAUUUUCGGUUCGUGUGUUUGUUGGAUUUUCGUCCUUUCACAACUCAAUCGGAAAAGUGUGAAGAUUUUUUUCAGUUUUUUCCCUUUGACCAAGGGUAUGUUCUCUUGUUUUCUGGAAGGAUUGAUUAGGGGUUGAAUCACCUUUCGAUGACGCAAAUAGUGAAUCGAUGGGAAAAAAUAAAAUAAACUCAGGUCCAGAUUUGCGUUUUGGAUAAAGCGAACCCGUUAUGUGCGAGGAGAAGUUCAAUUGAAAAUCAGUUUCAUUGUUAAGAGCUGCACACCUACAAGAAGAGUCCAAAAGCGAGAGAAGAACGCGAAUAUUGUCUGAUAAGUAGAAGAGUGCCAGUGCAAUUUACGGUCGGGCAUGUUUUUCUUUUUUGCGAAUCGUCAUUUGCAGGGCACGGUUGCACUUACUCCUGGUGCAGCACAGUCAUACCCUUGUUAUUGCACACAAUAAUUCGAGCGAACUUGCAACUGGCAAAGAAAGAAAGAAAACAAACGUUGGUGAUAUGUAAAUUUAAUCAAUUUGCACACAGUACUACGAACCAAGUGCAUGGAUCUAUACAGUAGAGAAGAAGCAGCGGCAAAAUAGUAACAAAAACAACAACAGAACAGAAGAAAAAAAACCUCCCAUCCGAAACCCCACUCAUUCAAUCGGCACGAGUCCUCCUCAGCAAGUUGGCUCCAGCAGGAGCAGCGUGUGAUGAAACAGUUCAUUUUUAUUGAUCGAAAGUAAGCGGCCCGUGAACCUUUUCUUUCAUAUGGAAAAAGUGUGAACACAUUCUGUAGCUUGAAGCUUAGCCACAUAUAGUAGGCCUAUACAUGUUUACACGAUUAUAGAUGACGACGGACAACAGAAACAACAAAUGCAAAACGGUGUUUUCAUCAUCAGCUGGUAGAAAAUUAGCCCGAUUUGCAUACAUAUAUCUAGUCAAGUGUAGUAGGCCGAAAACAGUGUAGAACAAUUCGUUUUCCGGUUCCGCUGCUUGGAAAGGACAGAUAUAACUAGGAAGAAAAUAUUCAUCCCGAAGCAUGUCCGCCAUCAUCGGAAAAAAGCAGAACGAGUGCAUUUGUUUAAUGUGAACAGCAGCGCGGAGGAAAUCUCAGCGUUAGUGCAAGAUACAGAAAAAAUCACCGGAAACAAGCUUCUAUCUAGCCGGUUCCUACAACUACUACAACGACAACAAAAGUGGUGAAGUUGUUUAGUGUUUUUUUUCUGUGGAUUUGUUAGUUGGUGUGACAAACAAAAAAUAAAAAUCACUCAGCCAGGAUCUAAACGAGACGUUCCGGUGUUUGAUGUUUAAUUUGUUUUCUUAAAAAAAAUCGCUGCUGCUGUACAACACGAAUUGUAUAGGAAUUCUGCAAAGCUGAAAAAGUCGUCGGAAGCAGUUCGGUGCCAAGACUAAUUGUUGUCAUUCCUCUGGUCACGAAAGCAUAAAAAAACACAAAUUUCGCAGACUGAUCUGGUUAAACCGUGUUCGGAUACAGCUGCCACAGCAUCAAAAGCAACAACAGUAGCAAAUAGCAACAGCUGAGUGUCAAACCGAGAAACGGCGAACGGCAGGGGGAAGACCAGGCCCAAAUGGAAGCAUGGACAACGAGCAGCCCCAUCAGGAGUUGGUAAAAUGUGUCCUCGUCGGCGAUACUGCCGUUGGCAAAACGCGCCUGAUUUGUGCACGGGCCUGCAACAAACAUGUUUCACUUUCGCAGUUACUUAACACGCAUGUGCCAACCGUAUGGGCCAUUGACCAAUAUCGGAUAUACAAGGAUGUUCUAGAGCGGUCGUGGGAAAUCGUGGACGGCGUGAAUGUUUCCCUGCGGCUCUGGGAUACCUUCGGGGAUCACGAUAAGGACCGGCGGUUUGCCUAUGGACGGUCCGACGUGGUGCUCCUCUGCUUUUCGAUAGCGAAUCCGGUGUCGCUGCGCAACUGCCGGGCCAUGUGGUACCCGGAGAUUCGCAAAUUCUGUCCAGAUACUCCUGUGAUUCUAGUCGGCUGUAAGAACGAUCUGCGGUACAUGUACCGGGAUGAAACGUAUCUGUCCUACUUCGGUGAUCGGAGCCCUUUCGUGAGGGCCGCCCGGAAGAGCGAUCUGGUAAUGCCGGACGAGGCCCGGGCCGUGGCCAAGGAACUGGGCGUUGCGUACUACGAGACCAGUGUGUUCACGUACUUUGGCGUCAACGAGGUGUUCGAGAAUGCAAUCCGUGCCGCCUUGAUAGCGAGGCGUGAGCAUCGCUUUUGGAUGACCAAUCUGAAACGGGUACAGCGACCCUUGCUGCAAGCACCAUUCCGACCACCAAAACCUCCGCCACCGGAAGUGACCGUCAUUACCGGCACUCACACAAAAGAUAUGCUAAACUUAUUCAAUUCGCAGUGCUAUACAGAUUUAGUAUUAAUUGUCGGUACUAUACGUUUUUCCGUACAUAGAUUUAUGUUAGCUAGUAGUUCUAAUGCAUUUCAUAGGUUACUGACGAUGGACAUCAGCGAUAUGGGUGCCCGAAGUAGUAGUGAAUCGAGUAUGGUUAGCUCCACGUUCGGCGAAUCUACGACGGCCGAUUUCAAUGAGGAUACCGAGUGUUUGAUCCGAGCCGAACAGAACAAAACCGCCCCGAACCGGAUGUGGGAACAGCUCAAGCGACGGUCCAGCUAUCAGGCUCUGCCCACGAUCGAACCGAAGAAGGAUCUCUACCGGGAGUUGCAUCAUCCCGUCUUUCAAAGUAUUAGAAUUUUCCAGAUUGAAAAUGGAAAGCACAGCUAUACGCAAACGCAAACGAUAGUCUCGGUUAGUAAACUCAUCACACCCCAGGCCAUGCAGCAAUGUCUUAAGUUCAUCUACACCGGAGCGAUCGAUCGAGAGUGUCUGGAUCUGCAGACGGCUUCAAUAGGAUUGAUACUGGAAAUCAGACAAGCGGCUGAAUUUCUGGAACUUCCUCAGCUGAUGGUACUUUUAUCAAACACUCAAGCAAAUCAGAGCUUUAUGAAUGAUGAAACCUUGCAGCAUUAUUCUACGUGUAUGAAGCAGAAUCUAGAGAAAUAUUGUGUUCAAGAUGGCAUCUUUGGUGACAUCACAUUUGAGCUAGACGACGGUCACAUCAAGGCCCACAGAGCUAUGCUGGUGGCCAGGUGCGAAGUGAUGAAGGCCAUGUUGAAUGGCGAUUUCCGCGAAGCACAUGCCAAUUUGGUCGUACUUCCAGGCGUUACGGAAUACACAUUCCACAAGCUGUUGUGUUAUCUGUACACGGACGAAAUUCCGCCAAUUUCGGCGGACAAAUGUCUGAAUCUGCUCGAGCUGGCCAAUCGGCUGUGUCUACCGCGGCUACUGAAUCUGGUCGAGUGUCGGGUGAUCGAGGAUCUCACGCGCAUGUCCCAGAACGAAACGAGCGAAGCGGUCGAACAUUGCUUACGGUUGCUAGAAUCGGUUAAGUUACAUAACGCCCACCAGCUGGCUGAGUGGUGCAUGUCGUACUUGUGCGUCAAUUACAACAGCAUCUGCAAGCUGUCCCCGCGAAGCCUCAAGGGGCUGCACCCGGACAAUCAGGACUACCUGCGGGAGCACCGGUGGCCCCCGGUUUGGUACCUCAAGGACUACGACUACUAUCAGCGGUGCAUGAACGAGCUCAAUCGGGAACUGAACAAUGGGAAGAAAGACUGCACGACAGACGACAAGGGUUGUCUCUGCUUCUCCGGAGUGUUUUUCUGGCUACUAGGCAAAUCGAAGCGGUCGGCAGCGGCGGCCAAAUCAACGCUGCAGACAGCCAUCACGGCGGCCAGCUCGGAUCACCAGGACGUGGUGAGCACCAGUUUGUUCCAGUCGAACGCCAACUCCGUCAAUCAGCUGGAUCCGGAACACGACGGGGCGGAUCUCUGACAUUUGGCCGACGAACCGUGGAGAUCUCUCCGCUUCAUUGUGAUUCUGCCAGUGCUGAUCUGCUUCAUUUGCACCAUCUUGAGCAUUCUGAUAAUAUUCCAAAUCUACACCUAAUAUUUGCUUCAACGAUAGGCGCCGGGCGGAUUUUGAAACCGAGGAAUUCCAUGGUCCAUCAUUAUUCGAAAGGACACCCACACCAAUGCACGAGGCGACUAUCGGCUGUAGGGAAACCAAACGACGACGAAAAGCUCUUCUAAUAAACUUGUAGUUUGUAUGUGUGGAUAUGCAAGGGGCGUUGAGAAUCAACCCAAAAUGGGAAACGAAUCCAAUCAUCAUUUUUAGCUUUUGGAACACAGGAUUUAUACUUUCGCUCACGAAGAACAAAAUGUGGCGAACGAAUCACUGAAAAAUAAACACACCCUUAAACACGUUUCCGUCUCAUCGUGCUCUAGGAUUAAAAGUGGAUAACAGUAAAUACCUACUAAACCCAAAGCUUGGUCGGCUUAUCGAUAGAACCAACCACGAACAAAAACCCUCUCGUGAUGUGAUUGAUCAUCAGAUGAUAGCAGAUCUUCUUCUUGUGUAAUCUUUAUAAAAAGAAAUUAAAAAACAACUAGCUUCUAAGAUACGCGUCAGACUCAAUUUCGAAGAAAAACAAUGUGAAUAGAGCUAGGCAAAUGGAGUAAACAAAAAUCGAGCAUUAGAUUUUAAUGUCCAAACAGUGAUCACAGUGUUUUGGGGUACACGUAAUAAGCUUAAGUAAAAAAAAAAAACUUGUGCGAUUAGGAGCAGCAACAGCAAAUAGAGAACCAUAACUUUAGAAAUGAAAGCUUUUUAAACAGAAACAAAAAUAUAAUUGCCAAACCAGUCGAGAUGAAGUCAGUGGAUGAGCUUCAAUUUUACAGUUUCAUUAUCGUUAUGAGUCCAUUAUGUUUUACGGUGGAUUAAACAGUUUGAUUGUUGUGGUACAACCUUAGGAAAUAGUUUUCUUGAACUUCAAAGAUCACUAGCUACAAGAUUGAUGGAUGAUUUCAUCUUAUUUUCCACAAUUGUUAAUUGAAAUUUGUUUGAAGUUCAUCAUGACAACCGGAUUCAUAAGAUUGCCGUUUGGUUUAAUAAUUGCGCCAUAAUUUUUCAAAGAGUGUUGCACGAUAAUUGUAUGGGUCCAGACAGACAGAAUGAUCCACACUUUUUUGAUACCAUAACGGCAUUCGAGCAACUUCUUAAAGUAUUUAAAAUUUCAAAUUUAUUUCCUUGAUUUGUACUACAAUAAUCAAGCUUGAAUUAAUUUGUGAAAACUUUCCAGGUAUCAGUAACAUGGCUUAGGUUUAACCACUUUGGCAUAAAGAAGACGAGGGUUGGAUGUGGCGAAGGGGGUUAAACGAAGGGGAAAAUUUUGAAGCUGGCUGUUGGCUGGCUGGGAUGCCAGGUGUCCUGAUUUGUUAGUGAAACACGGACUUCAACCUUUGAUUCAGAAGAUAUUUAAGAUUCACUUGCAAGAAAAAUAAAUCCUGUGUUUUACAUGUUUGAAAAUAAAAAUGAAUAGGUAUAAGAUAUAAAAUUCUAUCUUUUAUUGCUUGAAGUUCCUAAAAGAAACUUUGAAACAACAGAAAAUAUUCCUGUUUUAAUUUUGAAGAUUUUUCAAAAAAAAUCUUCGAAACUAAGAAAAAUGCAUUUGAAACAAAAAAAAAUCUCAAAAUUUAAGGAUUUUUACUUUUGCUGCAUUUUCCUUUCCUUUGGAACAAAAAGAUCUUUUCACUGCUUGCAUCGCUAAGCUUUUUUGAUACUAAAUUUGGGGUCUUAGCUUGUGUACAAACACAGACUUUUUUUCCUAAAUCUCUGAUUUUUUUUAUCUCAAACGCCUGGCAUCCCUGGACUCCCGUUUUCGUAAACACUUUAGCCAGUUGUUAAAACUUUCAAAAAUAUGGCGGAACGUGCGAUUUGGCAUAUGAAGUAACCUUACUCAAGAGACCUUGAGUAUGAGUUAUCUUGUUGGAAUUUAUACGAAUGGGAUUUUCGAAAAAUAGAAGUUCAAAAUAUUGGAUUUAGGCAAGCGAACAGAUAUAUUCGAAUGACUUUUUAAAUCCACUAAAAAGAAUAAUUUCCUGAACAGCCUCAGAACAACAUUUUUAAAUCCAGCCGUUCUUAAAUACUUCUAAGAUUUAUGUUCAGAACAAGUAUGUUACAAUUGCUGAAAGUCGAAAUAUCAAUUAAUCAACUAUCGUUCUUUUAGCUUAGCAUCAUAGCAAAAGUCUUGUCCGUUGAAACAUUCGUACGCAUUUUUUAAGGCGUGACCAGUGUUUGUAUUGAUGGCGAGCCAUUUCGAGAAAAUAUAUUAUUUUCUGAUCGUGCUGCAUUAACACCGUUCGUAAUUUUCGUUACACAGUUUAUGCACAUAUGCAAAAAAAGAAAAGAGAAAUGAGAAAAGUUCAACAGUUGGACCUCCAGGAGUGAGCUUAACUACGUAAAAGAAAAAGGAUUUGAAUUACGUAUAUUUUACUGUAUACCGCACCAACUGAAAAGUAAAGUAAGACUUCUGCUCGUAACAGAAUGCGACUAUUGUAUACAUUUGAAAAAAAAAAAAUGAUUGGAAAAAACAAUUUCAUUGUACUACGAAAGAAAUCACAUGAAACCAACUCAAGCCUAACAAGACCUUAAAAAAACAACAACAACAAAAAACGUAACGAAACUAUCACUGCGCUGUCUUUUUCAAAUUUAUUCCCAUGUAGAAUUUGUAGAAACACUAUCAUUAUAAUUAUGAGAAGAUAAAAUUGAAGCGGUGAAGAAUUAAUUGAAGAGAGUAAAGAAUUAAUCGUCCAGCAUUUGAGUGGUGCACAGUGAGAACUGUUCUUGUUCAUUUUCAGGAAAGAUCAAUAAUACCGGAUAGGAAAAGUGAUGAGAUUUUUUUUCUCUAAUUUGAAACAACUUAAAUAUCGAUUUAUAAAAUCAAAACCCGCGAAAUAAACAAAAAAAACAUAGCUGAUACAAGCUACUCUAUCUUAAACGUUUUACGCAUGAACAUUAAUCACGAACUAAAAUGGUGAAAAAAAAUAUUGUGAGAAAGCUUCAAAAA